AUGUGCUCGCUCGGGCAGAACCUGACGGAGGCAGAGCCGCAAACACGAUCAACGAGGUCGACGCGGCCUGGAACAACACGAUUGACCUUCCCCGAGUUCCUCACGACGAUGGCACGCAAAGUGUGUGACACGGAAAGCGAGGAGAAGACCAAGCAGGUCUUCGACAAGGACGGCAGUGGCUCCAUCUCCGCCAUGGAGCUCGGCCACGUCAUGACCAACCGCGGCGAGAAGCUGUCGGACAACAAGGUCGACGAGAUGAUCCGCGAGGCGGAUCUCAAUGGUGACGGUCGAAUCAAUAAUGGCGGUGCGUCUUUCGCCGUUCAGUGCCCGUUGCUUCUCUAA